AGGAAAGAGACAAUGGUGGUGAACAAAGAUGCAAUUGGUGUGAGCAAAGAGAUAACUGUGGUGAACCAAGAUGCAACUGGUGUGACCAAAGAGACAAAUGUGGUGAACAAAGAUGCAACUGGUGUGAGCAAAGAUGCAACUGUGAUAAACAAAGAUUCAACUGGUGUGAGCAAAGAUGCAACUGAGGUGAACAAAGAUGCAACUGAUGCGAGCAAAGAGACAACUGUGAUGAACAAAGAUGCAACUGGUGUGAGCAAAGAUGCAACUGAUGUGAGCAAAGAGGCAACUGUGAUGAACAAAGAUGCAACUGGUAUGAGGAACGAUGCAACUGAUGCAAGCAAAGAGGCAACUGUGAUGAACAAAGAUGCAACUGGUGUGAGCAAAGGUGCAACUGUGGUGAACAGAGAUGCAACUGGUAUGAGGAAACGUGCAACUGGUGUGAGGAAAGGUGCAACUGUGGUGAACAAAGAUUCAACUGGUGUGAGCAAAGAUGCAACUGUGGUGAACAAAGAUGCAACUGGUGUGAUAAAAGAUGCAACUGUGAUGAACAAAGAUGCAACUGUUGUGAGCAAAGUUGCAACUGGUGUGAGCAAAGAUGCAAUUGUAGUGAACAAAUAUGCCACCGGUGUGAGCAAAGUUGCAACUGUGGUGAACAAAUAUGCAAAUCAUGUGAGAAAAGUUGCAUCUUUCAUGGACAAAUAUGUACCUGGUAUGAGCCCAGUUGUAGCUGUGGUGAAUAUAGGUGCAACUGGUGUGAGCAAAGUUGCAACUGUGGUGAACAAAUAUGCAACCGGUGAUAGCAAAGAUGCAACUGAUGUCAGCAAAGAUGCAACUGUGGUGAACAAAGAUGCAACUGGAAAGAAGAAUGCAGAAAAUGUGGAAAUACUUACAGGAACUGAUGCAGAAGGAAGUGAACAGAACCAAGAGAAUAUUGUAUUCAGUAACAGCAAAAUUAUGUGAUGAUGAACUAUGAUAGCCUUAAUUCUUCUUAGCAGUACAGUAAUCCAAGAUAAUUCCCAUUGACUUGGGACAGAAAAUGCCUUCCACAUCUGGAGAAACAGUUGUGAAGAUUGAUUGUAGAUUGAAGCAUAUAAUUUCCACUUUCUCCUCUUUUUCAUAUGUUUUCCCUUUUUUUUCUGUUUCUUCUUUUACAACACGACUAAUAUGGAAAUAUAUUUACCAUGAUUGUAAUGUAUAACAUAUCAGAUUGCUUGCUCUUUUGUAACUCAAAAUCUGAUAAAAAUGAAUGUUCAAAUUAUUUUUAUUUGCAAUUGGAAAAAAUAAAAUACCAUUAACAGGGUAAAAUAA